AUGUCGGAGCAUCUAUCAUCUACCGGUACCCGAAAGCCUACGUCCUUCUUUGCUGGUUCAACCAGGUGGAUGGCUCCAGAACUGGUACAUGCACAAGCAGAAGACAAGAAGAUACAUGUGACUACGUAUAGCGAUGUAUACGCAUACGGAGCCGUUUUCUUGGAGGUCAUAACGGGACAACUUCCGUAUCCACAUCGGUCCAGCGACUUUUUGGUAAUCCUCGAUAUCAUUCAAGGUGUCCGACCUUACCAGCGCUCGAUGGUUUCUGCUCAGAUGUCUGCAUUAUCCCUUCGAGGAUCUGCGGGUAGUACGAGUUCCGUCGACGUGAUUUGGAGUGUGGUCGAAAGCUGUUGGGACCCGUUGCCUGUUGUGAGACCGAAGAUGAAGGAUGUGGUGAAGUUGCUAGUGGAUCUUCAGGUACCACCUCGGUGUCAGGUUUGA